GCGGAGACGAGGGUAUGCGACGACAGCAGACGAGGGUGAACGACGACUAUACUUCGGCAUCGGCACUACGGUGGUGGUGGGGUUGGAGACAGCUCUACGUACAUAUAUAUACACACACCAACGUCCCGCGCACAUAGGUAUAUAAACGCGCACGAUGGGUUGGGCAGUUCGUGCGUACGCGGUGGGGGAUGAAAUCCGUUUUUGGACCAAUGGAGUGGGUGUGUCUGUUGCGACGGGGAUGGGCGGAGCGUCGUCGGCACUAGGGCGGUGGCCGCGGGGUUAAAAUGUCCGCGCGAGCGGCGUAAAAACCGUGACUGGCGUGGACCGGCGGGGUCGGAGAAGUGGGGGAAAAAACCCGAAAAGGGAAGGAAUAAUAAUAACGAUAAUAAUAGUAAUAAUAAUAAAAAUAAUAAUAAUAAUACGGCGGCGGCGGCCCGCUUAAGUGCUCCGACACCGCAAACCGUAGUCGUCUCGUCAGUUAGUACAACCACCCGACCGCUCAGCGACGACAAUCGCGCGCGUACCGUCGUCGUACACACACGCACGCACGCACGCACUCAAUCGCUCGGUCGAUUUACGCACCGAUCGCCGUGAAUCCGAUAUCCGUUGUCGGUCUGCGACGACGAUACACGCGAGUGUGUUGCAGCUGAUGGCAAUUACGUUAUUUAUUAUAUAGAUGCGCGUAUACAAUAAUAACAUAUUUUAAUAAAUAAAUAAUAUAUAAAAAGUCGAUAUCGACGCGGAUUCGUGCGCAAUAUUUGUUAAAAUAUAAAUUAAUAAACGUCGUUCCGGCAACACGUGCAGCGAGUGUAGGCCUCUACGACUGCAACAAUACGUACACACGACUACGGGUGCGUCGGAGUAACGGAUUUUUCGUUCGUUUCACCGAUCACACAGACACACAUCACCGCAAAACGUUUCGGUUCCCGUCACGUAAUUCCGUCGGUUCCGGCGAGGAUAUCCGCGACUGUUACACCGACCGCGGCAUGUCCGAGUCUCCGCGAAUCGACGUGACCGGCAACGACGACGACGACGAGUUGUGCUGCAACAGCGACCGCGGACCGACCACCGGCGGCACCGGUAACGGGCCGAUAACGACCGCCUGCAAGACGAUGAUGAUGGCCACUGCUGCGGCCGCGGCCGCGAUGACAGCCGGCAACGGAGGCGGUGGAGUUGGAGGCGGCGGCGGCGGUGGCGGCGGUCGCGAAUCGCCGGCCGUCAAGUCGGCCGCACCGCCGUACACGUCGUUCUCCAUUUCGAGCAUACUCAGCAAGGACAAGCCCGGCGGCACAGGAAAACAGCACUGCAGAUCCGUGGGCUCCGCCAUGUCGCCGGCCACUGCGGCGGCCGCGGCGGCCGCAGCGGCCACGUUUGACGUCACCGCUCAUCUGGCGGCCGCAGCCGACCACGCGAUGUUAUCCAGACUGGGCUUGAUGAGCCACUUCGGAGCACUGGCUGCAGCAGCUUCGGGCCGGAGUCCGUUCAUGCUGUACCCGGGCGUGGGCAUCGCGAGCACAACGGCCAGCGCACUCGACAAACACUGGUACUCCGCAUGGUCGCAGCCUUUGUCGGCCGCCAUCAGUCCUACCGGCGGUUCGAGCUCGGCGAACGAAGAAAACAGCCGUCCCAGUACACCACACAGCGUGGGCGUCAACACGGGCGGCACGUCGUCGCUGGCCGGCCACAGUCCGGACGGAUGGUCGACCGGCGAGGACGGCGGUGGCCGCGGCCCCGGGUCACCGAACAACCAGCGACGGUUCGUGAACAACUGCGGCGGGACCGGCGGCGGCCGUUACAUGGACCAGUCGGUGAACGCGACCGUUUCCAUGGACGAUGACGACGACAUGGUGGACGACGGUGCCGACGACGAGGACGCCGGUAAAAAGGACCACGGCGGUUGCGGCGGCGGCGGCGGAGGCGGCGGAAGCGGCGGGGCGGGCGGAAAGCGAAAGAAGAAGACCCGGACGGUGUUCUCCCGGAGCCAAGUGUUCCAGCUCGAGUCCACGUUCGACAUCAAGCGGUACCUGUCCAGCUCGGAGAGAGCCGGGCUGGCCGCGUCCCUGCACCUGACCGAGACCCAGGUGAAGAUCUGGUUCCAGAACAGGCGGAACAAGUGGAAGCGUCAGGUGGCGGCCGAGAUCGAGGCGGCCAACAUGGCGCACGCCGCCCAGCGUCUGGUCCGCGUGCCCAUACUGUACCACGAGUCCAGCCAGCAGUCCGCCGGCCACCACCACCAUCAUCACCAUCACGGCGGCAUAGCCACUUCGGUGGCCUCGGUCGGCGGCGGCGCCGGCAGCGUAGUGGUCGGCGGCAGCGGCGGCGGUGCUCCGACGCCGCCUCACUCGUCCGCGUCCACGCAGGCGUCCGCGUACCAGCCACAGCAGCCGCCACCGCCGCCGCCUCCACCACCGCCACCGUCGCUGUUCUAUCACCAUCAGCCGCCGCAACACCAUCACGCCGUCAGCACGUCCACCAUCACGCACACCAUGUCAACGAGCCCCAACGCGGUGUCCAGGGCGCCGCUCACCGGACUCGUCUAAAUAAAAUAUUAUACUAUGCGCGUUGCAGUCGUCGUUACUGCGCAAUCGUGUCGAUGAGUGUCGGCCGACCGAAAUGCCAACUAAAAUUUUAGUUUCGUCGCGUUUUCCUCGACGGAUUUUUGUGAUUUCGACUUUUGCCCAGAACACGAUUCGAUCAUCGUCAUACGGUGUGUGUGUGUGGGGGGGGGGUUGAGGGGUAACUGCACCCCCUUUGAUCGCCAAUCGACUAGUCGCGAUUAAAAUACGAAAACUAUAUCACGAUAGACGAGUGCGCGGAGAAAAUAAGUCGUUUACGAAAAAUAAGUCCGAAAUUCAUCGUCGUGUAUCCAUAAUAAUAUUAUAUCAUUCUUCGUUCCCGCGUUUUUUUUCGUAUACAUUUCUCGUCGUUUUUAUACGUACACUCCAAUCAAUUAUUAUAUUAUAUAUCAACGUUUUCGUUCAUAUUUCAUAUUAUUAUUAUUAUAUUAUGGUGUGUACAAAGAAGUCGACUGUAACUCGUAGGACCGCCUCGAUAUGAAAUUUUAUUAUGUAAUUCGUCGCGAUGCAAUAUUGUUAAUCGUUAAUAUUAUAUAUUAUAUUAUUAUGAUCGUCACGAUAUUAAUUAGUUGAUUAAAAAAACAUUUUUUUUUCUCUUUUUCAACUAUUGUAAAUAACGGGUGUGUACGAUUAUCGUUUACGAUCUUAUCAUUAUUAUUGUAUUAAUAAUUUAUGUAGUAUAUAUUUUUUUUGUAAGGCCGCCGAACCCCGGAACGGAAAACCCGCAACAGUUAUCCGUGCGGACGUUAUCGUCGUCGUGUACAUAAAUAAAUUAUAACAUUUUUUUAGAUUAGUGACACUCAUCUUAUUUAUUUUAUAUAGACUAUUAAAAUACAGCGUGUAGAUAUUAUUAUAAUUAUUAUUACUAUUAUUAUUAUUAUUAAGUAUAAGAAGAAAAUACGGUAUUGUAUAUUAAUAUGCAACACUAUAAUAUACGCGAUCCGGAAUUUGGGCCUUGUGUUUUGCUAUAUAUAUAUUUAUGUAUAUAAUAUGUAUAAUGUAUAUUAUGAAAUUAUUGUACCAUAAUAAUUAGCUUUUUAUUUUUCCAGUUACCAAAUAUAAUUAUUAUUGCAUA